CCGUCGUUACCACUCUGCCUUGCCAACCGGCGGGAGCUACCUAGGUUUAGAGUGUGCUCUCCAGGGCUCCAUCCAGCGCGGCUGAAAAUGCCUUGCAAUGAUGCCUAGGAAAUCCGAAAAUUAUUAAAUGUGGGUCCAGAUGUCAUUACACGGAGGGCUUGUCGUUCCUGUUCGCCUACAUGUCUCCAUGUCUUUCCGGCAUCCUGUGGCAUAAUGGUUACCCAUGUCAGCAUGACAGUUCCGCCAAGCGUCUCUCCUAACCCUCCUUCAUCGACUUCGGCACGGCCCACCCUGGAGACGAGUACUUCCCACCAGCCUUCAACUAAUGAACAUCUGACGGUGCGACCUUUGAACCAGAUACCGCCGGACACGGCCAUCUCACCUCUGUCAUCUACAAUUACACUGGUGACUGAUAUAUCACAACCGCCCGUGACUACGUGCCACAGACCUGUGCCCGAUGGCUCACCCUCAGCAACUUACACGGCUCUUCCAGCCGAAGAUAGCCACACGACCGCCAAGCCUCCAAAUAAAAGCUCUCCGGCGUCCCGACAAGACUGUUGGGAAGCUUUCCAGGACACAGCAUGGGGCCUUGAGCUCCUCUCGCUCCUUUUUGCCCUGGCUUCCACCAUCGCCGUCUGUGUGAUCCUCGGACACGCGAACAACCGCCUGCUGAGCAGCUGGACGCUGCCGAUCCAGCCCAACUCGCUGGUCUCAGUCUUCUCGACUUUGGCCAAGACCGCCUUGAUGUUCCCCAUCGCCAGCGUAAUUAGCCAGAUGAAAUGGAUCUGGUUCCAGGAGCCGCGCAGCCUGGUCCAUCUGCAGUCCUUCGAUAAGGCCAGCCGUGGGCCGUGGGGUGCCAUGAGGCUCAUUUGGGACCUCUUUUCCAAGGCCAGCGGCUGGACCGCCAAGGCUGCAUGCGUUCUGACUAUCGCCGCUUUGGCUUUCGAGCCCACGGCCCAGCAGGUCAUCAGCUUCGAAACGCGGGAGACUCAAAUUCAUAAUGCGACGGCACAACUCUUGGUGACGUCCAGCUGGAACUCUUCUUCCUUCAGCUUGAGUGCCGUAAGUCUUUCAAAACAAAUCGGAUUACAAACCUCUUUACUCAAUGCGCUCAGCCCUCAACGUCGGGAUUCCCUGCCCGAAUUCGCUUGCACGGCUCGGACCUGUUCAUGGGAUCAGGUUGAAACCCUAGCUGCUUGCUCGGGCUGUGCGAGCGGGCAACUGCCGACAUUCUCUUUGGUGGACAUCAGCAACAGGAGCGACGCGAACACUUCCCGGGCCGUAUUUGAAGCAGCAGCACCGCCCAGCGUCACUGUCGGUGCAGUGAUGGACGAUUUCCCGUUUCCCAACGUCACGAUGCAGCCAAUGUACUCCCUGUACGACGCGAAAGCGGACACGAUGAUGAAUGUGGCCAGCGGCUCCUUUCUACGUUUUGCCGCGGUGGACCACAGUACUAAUGAACCUGAACGUAACUCCUCGAGUCACGGUGUCUGGAAGUGGCGACAGAAUGACACAGUGGACUACUAUCUAUGUCGCGUCCACCCUUGUGUCAGGACUUUCAAGAACAUCGUCGUCCGGAACGGCGCGUACAGUUUCGGCAGCCAGACCUCAAAAUGGCUUAUAGCAGCAGGGGAUCCGAGUUGGAACGGCUACCGCACCGAUGAGGCAGCAUCCGUGUCAGACUGGACGAUCGAUUUCGAUACAUCACAGAAGGUGAACCAAGUCCUCGGGACCAUGCUCUCUCAUGGAGUUCCUCGCUUUAGUGGCCAGUUACACAGUUACUACCAGAAUGGCAGCAUAGAUGGUGCGGUCGGCUCUCUUCUGUACGAAAGCAAUCUGACCACGGUCAUGGGUGCUCUCUCCGACGUCAUCUCCGCCGCGAUGCGGAGCAAAGAUAACCUUGCCGUCAAGAAUCAGAGUGGUGUUGCCUGGGAGCCGCAAACGUUCGUCGUCGUCAACUGGGCCUGGAUGGCCUGCCCACUAGUGAUCCUAGCAACCACGACGGUAACGCUCGCAGUGGCAAUGAUUCAGACCUCCAAACAGCCGAUUUUAUACAAGGACUCGGCAGUCGCCCUGUUGUCGCUUGGAAUCGGACACAUGGACGCCCACACCCCGGACAAAGUCGUCAGGGGCGACACGGUGGGACAGCGCUACACGGCUUGCCAGAUGGAGACGGAUGCGUCGGGGCUCACCACAAGACUCUUCAAGGAUGGCAAGGGGAAUUACAUGUUUCUAAAGUGUUGAAGGCAGUCAAUGAAUACGCAAUCUUCUUACA